AUGCCGGAAGAGAUCCUCAACGACAUCUCGCAUCGACGAUACAACCCAUUGCGGGGCAGCUGGCUUCUCGUCUCUCCACAUCGAACGAAAAGACCAUGGCAAGGCCAACAGGAAUCUCCCUCUAAGAGCUCACUCCCCGAAUAUGAUCCCUCAUGCUACCUCUGCCCCGGCAACAAGCGAGCACAAGGCGACGUGAACCCGAAAUACGAAACCACAUUCGUCUUCGUAAACGACUACAGCGCCGUCAAAGAAUCGCAAGCAGAAUACACGCAAGAAGGGGAUCCCUCUGACCUCUCAAACCUCCUCCGCGCCGCCCCCGUAACAGGCAAAUGCUACGUCCUCACCUUCUCCUCCUCCCACAACCUAACACUCGCCGACCUAUCCCCGGCACAAAUCCUGCCCGUAAUCAACGUCUGGACUUCAAUCUACGCCUCGCACCUCUCUCCUUCCUCCCCGCUCUCCGGAAUACCGCUGAACCUGCCCGCCCCGACGCAGAUGAUAGAAAAACCAAGCGCGCAGUAUACAUGGAUGCAGAUCUUUGAGAAUAAGGGUGCCGCGAUGGGCUGUUCGAAUCCGCAUCCCCAUGGGCAGAUAUGGACGACCACUGGGCUGCCUGAGGAACCUGCUGCUGAGUUACAGCAGUUGAUAAAAUAUAGAAAGGAACAUGGAGGCAGGAACCUACUUGAGGAUUAUGCGAAACUUGAGAUGGAGAAGAAGGAGAGGAUUGUGUUUGAGAACGAAGGGUUCUUGGUCGUGUGUCCGUGGUGGGCAGUAUGGCCAUUUGAGGUGAUGGUUGUGAGUAAACGGCAUAGGAGAAGUUUGGUGGAUUUGAGCGAACAGGAAAGAAAGGAUUUUGCAGAGGCGAUUGCGGAGGUUACGAGGAGGUAUGAUAAUUUGUUUGAGACGAGUUUUCCUUACAGCUCGGGUAUCCAUCAAGCUCCACUCGAAGGCACGGAAGAGGAGAUUAAUGCGUCCCAUUUCCACAUGCAUUUCUACCCGCCGCUUCUCCGCAGCGCGACGGUUAGAAAGUUCUUGGUGGGUUAUGAGUUGAUGGCUGAGCCGCAGAGGGACAUCACGCCUGAGCAGGCUGCUAAGAGACUCCGUGAAGACUGCGGUGGAGAGUUGUACAGGAAGAACUUGGAGUAA